ACGACACACUGACAGUCCACUCUGAGGAAUCAUGAUGAAAGUGGCACUUGUCCUGCUGCUCGCCGCCCACGCUUACGGGUGUGGCAUCCCCACCUAUGAGCCCUCUGUGAGCCGUGUUGUGAACGGGGUAGAUGCUCGACCCUACAGCUGGCCCUGGCAGAUCUCUCUGCAGUAUUUCAGCGGCUACGCCUACCAUCACACCUGUGGAGGCACCCUGCUCGCUCCGAACUGGGUCAUGACUGCUGGUCACUGCAUCGGAUCACGUACCUACCGUGUGGUUAUGGGCGAGUAUGACCUCACCAAAGAGGAGAGCAAUGAGCAGAUUAGAUCUGUGGAGAAGAUCGUGGUUCAUCCUAAAUGGGAUGAUAACUGCUUGUCUUGUGGUAAUGACAUUGCGAUGAUCAAACUGGCCAAGCCUGCCGUUAUGAACGACAAGGUGCAACCCUCCUGUGUGCCAGAGAGUGGGGAGAUCGCUCCUCACAACUACCCUUGCUACAUCACUGGCUGGGGAAGAAUCUACAAUGGUGGUCCCAUUGCCUCCAAGCUCCAGCAGGCUCUCCUUCCUGUAGUCAGCCACGAGGUCUGCAGCAGCAGCAGCUGGUGGGGGAGCACUGUGAAACCCACAAUGAUCUGUGGUGGUGGUGACACCCGCUCUGGCUGCCAUGGUGAUUCUGGAGGCCCUCUGAACUGCAAGGGCAGGGAUGGCAGGUGGUACGUUCAUGGUGUGACCAGCUUCGUCUCCUCCAGAGGAUGCAACACCCCCAUGAAGCCCACAGCGUUCACUCGCACCUCCUCCUUCACCAAGUGGAUCAGUGACACUAUGCUGCAGCACUGAAGACCUGGAGCCUUUUAAAUUUCAAUAAACCAAUUCAAUCAACUUCA